UCCAGCGUCUCCUGCCCGUGGUGAACCAGCACAGCCCAAAUUAUUGGUAAGGAACUUUAGUUGGAAAUGGAAGGUUAAGGUUGAAUACGCAUCCAGGGACGCACGUCCAAUUGGUGUCUGAUUGUCCCAUAGUCUGCAAUAACAGGUAGCUUCCUGGUACCAUUAUACAAACGAAGUCAACCUGAAUUUCCCUGAACCCCGGCUGCUGUGUGCAAGGACCUUAUCGCUAGUCAUAUGCAAGAUCAUAUUACUGUCGCGACUGCAAUACUUGUCAAUUUGCAUAGAGGGGCCAAAACUUCGUGGACUGGCGGUGCCAUUUACGGGGACACAUUUCAAACUCCGCCCAGUUGUAUUGUUAUUGAUAUCAAUACAGUUUAUUAAAGUAACUUGCAGCAAUGGCCCCUGCAUCGGAAUAAUAAAAUAACUAUCCAAAGUUCUGGCUAUAUGUUUGUUCGGUGAAUCCAGCACCGGGAAAUCCCUACCUGGUUUGUUUGCCGCCAACGGCUGAGGUAGAAAUCUGCAUGCACCGGUUGCUCAUUUCUCACUGAAAUGUGCGCAGUAUAUUUAGGACUAAUCACUUGAGGGACCCAUCUUCUAAAUGUCAUGAAAGAUCAUAUUGCUCUGGAAAAGUAAAACAAAGGUUGCAGUCCGCCAACCAUGCAGGAGCAACGAAGUUGGCAAUUAGGCUUAGUCGUCGCCUGCUUGGUGAGCUGUGGACUAGUCGGCAUGAUCGUAAUUGUAAACCAGUCAUCAAGCGAAAUCAGUAGUUUACAUUCAGUCCUGAGAGCUCAGGAAUCAAGAAUUAGCAUUCUUGAAAUACAGAACAGAAACCUGCAUCUGGUGCUGGAGAAUAUACAAUGGAAGUUGAAUAAAAAGGAACACAAUCCAAUGAAGACUGACGGUGAUCAUGUUGCCAGAAGGCUAUCUACCAGUGAUUUGCCUCCAAACUCCGUAAAUCAAGGAGCACUUGAUGCAGAGGUCUUUGGAGACAGAAAGGCUAAGGGUGAUGAUGGUGCCUUCAUAGAAGGCGACAGAGUCACGGAGGAAAAAGCAAGAUCAGAAGAAAAGGAUGAUUUUCAUCUUCGGACCUUCCGAUCAACCCGUAACCAACGCGAUAAAGAAGGACGAAAAGCAUGCAAAAGAUGCAAAGGUAAAAAAGGUGAGCCUGGACGUACGUCUUUUGGAGGGGAAAAGGGAGCAAAAGGAGAACGAGGUCACAGGGGUCGCGUUGGAGAGCAAGGCCCUCCAGGGGAAUGUGAACACUCUACCACGACUGACUCAACUACUCCUCGUCAGGGCACACAGGGCGCAGGACAGCUUGUAUGGCCAGCGUUACUUGCGGCACACUUUGAGGGAGGCAGAUAUGCUACCAUCAACACUAGUGAAAGGUGGGAUCCAAUAAACAGGGGAUAUGUCGACUUAAGUGAUUUCGAUGGUGGAUGGGUUCCCUACUGGAAGUAUGCUGAUUGGAUGGAUUCAGAUGUAAGGUCACGAUUUAUCCUGGGUCAAACAGGCAACGUGACUGUAACAGAGGGGGGAAUCUACUAUGUUUACAGCCAGAUGUUGUACUACGACCCUAGUGUGUUUAUGGGACAUAGUCUGUACAUUGGAGAGCAGAAGCGAUUCAGCUGCACAGAAUGUACAGUGGAUCGGGAUCGUAAGUUCAACACAUGCUACAUUGGGGGUGUUGUACAAAUCAACAAUGGUGACAAGGUGGGGAUCAGGGUGUCAUACGCUAAUCGGGUCAUAAACCUGCAUCCAGAUAGUACUCAUUUUGGUCUCAUUAAACUUUCCUAAAAUUCACUGUUGAAAUGUUGAAAGUCAGAGUCUGCCUAUCGCUUGGUCAUGUUCUUAAAUACAGAUGUUAUUCAGGGAUUUCCAUCAAUUAGCACUUUUCAAUAAACAAUGGGCACGUUCGAUUAGCUUCCCUGUGUCGCCCUAAGUGACCCGUUCCAGGGCACUUGGGGCUGACCCGGGUCAGCCCAAACGUACCGGGGGCAGAUCGGGGUCGACCCGGGGAAGCUAAUCAAACGCACCCAAUGACUCACUUUCUUUACUAUUGCAUUAAAACCCCAAAGAUGCACCAACAUGGAGUAAGGGGCUAUAUCAUCCGUUGUUUUAUAAUGCACGUACAACCCGAUAGGCAUUUAGUAUAAUGUAAAUACAUGUAUAGUCAAUUUCAGCAUUUGCACUCGUGUUUUGGCUACGUUUUAAACGCACUGUACACGUUUGGUAAUUACUCAAAAUAUUAGCAUAAAACCUUCCUUGGUAAGCAAACGGAGAGCUGUUG